AUGGCUGCAGGGAACCGCCAGAAACAUCUAUUCAACAUGCGGCGUAACAUCGCGAUGGUGUCACGGAUAUCUGCUUAUCUUCUUCUCUGCCUACUACAAGGCUGCCUGGCAGCAUAUAUUCCACCUAUAUCACUUUCAGAAACACGAUCAAUCGGCAAUCUAAUGACACUGGCAGGCAGGCAGUCAGGUGGCUCAGACAGUGAUGACGAUAGCGGCGGUCUGAGCAUCGCGGGUAAAAUAGGCGUGGGAGUUGGUGUUCCUGCGGCAAUAGCCGUGUUAGUAGGCGUCGGCCUGAUGAUCAAACGGUGUCGCGACAAACGCCGUGAUAGGGAGGAGGGGAAUGGAAUGGACCAUCUAUACACAACAUCGAAUGCUCCCCAGCCUUCCCAGCCCGCAAAUGAGUAUAAGGGGUACUAUUUCAAAUAA